AGCGAAGGAGUUGAAGGUUGGUUUGCCUGCUGGCAAGGAAAGCUGACAAGAGAGAGCCGCUGGAGCCGCAGUGAUUUCAGUUUGAGUUCAUAAAUACCGAGUGUGGACAACGCAGUAGUUAGCCCACACAAUAACGUCAUGAGCGGCACAGUCCGACGGAUCAAUCUAAGUACCGAUCCAGACACCCCCUACUUCCUGCGAGUGGACUGGGCCAUAGACCUGGGCGCUGGUUUCACAUUAGCUCUCACUGAUGGCAACUCAGCAUGGAUUGGAGAAGUUUCAGAAGACGAGGUGACAAAAGAGGCCAAAGAUAUGGAAGUCACACGACGAAAAUAUGUUGAGGACCUUCUUCGAGCACUAACAGGAGGUGAAGAGGGGAGAGGAUCAGGAAGGAGAGGGGGCGACAAGAACGUGUAUUCUUUCCAACUCACACCAGACCACUGCCAGCUCUCGUAUCAGAAGAUCUGUAAUGACAUCUCGGUGCACUUGGGUUCUGUGGCGCUCCAGCCAGCUCCAGACCCUUUACAGCUGAACCGGGAGAUGAUUGGCCAGUCCCUAAAGCACAGCAAGGAUCUGGAGUCAGACAACUGCCAGCUGCUGGAGGAGAAUCAUCGACUGAAACAGGAGCACCAGAGAAUUCUUAGACAGCUGAAGAAGCAUGUUCAAGAUAAGGAGUUGUUGGAAAGGGAGCUGUACUCACAUUUUGUCAUGGUGCUGAACGAGAAGAAGGCCAAGAUCAGAGGCCUGCAGGAUUCUCUGCAGCACCUCCAGCAGGCUGAUGACCAGCAGAGAGAGGAGGAGGCGAGACAAAGUGAUAAUGACAUAAGUGCUGGUGAAGAUGAGAGUCAGGACCGCACAGCCGAGUCACUCCAGAGCAUUCAUCCGUCUCAGGAGCCCACUAUCCUCAUCACAGGUCGUAAUCUGGUGUGCCAGGGCAUCUCUCUGGACCGCACUUUUUCUGAUGAGGAUGAGGAUGAUGAUGAACAGCCAAGUCGGAAGCGGAGGAUUAUUCACACGCCGAGCCCAGAACCUUCCAUAUCGAAGUAAAACCACAGAUGUUCUAUGGACCAAACCACCUGAAGGGUGUUUCACAGAAGGUUAAUAGGAUUGCAUCUUCACCUCCUCACCUCUUCCUCUGCCUCUGCUACCACUUUUAGGUCCUGAGGUCAUCACAGUGUGUCUUCACACUGACAGUAAUGAACCUAUGGGGACCUACUCAGGGUCUCCGUCUGACCAUUCUACCUUUGACUUCUGGACCCUCCUGCUGUCUUUUAUGAUUUUGAUGAUACCUAUAUGUCUGCUGAAGACCACGGGUGGCCACCAGGAUAAUCCCACAACACGCGCUUGCUGGUAUUGUAAUCCCCGCAGGAAUGUCACACUUUCUCCAAGACCAAAUCAGUUUCUUGAGAUAACUAGAUAAGCAUGGCAACACAUGAGGGAGGAUAAGGGUAGUUUGUACUGAAUAUUUCAGUCUUUUGACAUUCAGACUGCCACAAUAGCAUGUCUUAUAAAUAAAUAUAGAAUGUUCUAUAACAUGUUUGUUUAUUUUGUGUCCUUAUUUGAAUGAACUUGACGAGAUUGCAUUUUUGAUACUUCAUAUGUAUCAAUUCCAAUGAGUAGAUUUUAGUGUUAUGACUCAAGACCAAAUAAACUACUCAUUUUUUUUAUAAAUGUAAAGAAAUAUAUUAUAAAAAUGUGAAGAUGAAAAGAAUACUCUAUUUUGUGCAAUUCUGUAAAUGUUAUCCGUUGUGAAAUGCCUGAUGAGACAUAAGAUGUCCUGUUAAUUCAAUCUUUCAAAAAUAAAUGUGUUACAUUGAAAUGUU